CUCACCACUCCCACUCGCACACCAGACGCACGCACACCAGACGCACGCACACACACAGGGGAUAUGGGCAACAGUGUCUUCCAAUGAGAGUCUGCAGGACGAGUAGAUCAGGAAGAGGAGAUGCAAGGUUACCAAUGAAGUAUUAGCUUUCCUUCUUUGUUAGGUUUUUUUGUGUGCGUGUGUGUGCCCCUCCUGCUUUUUAACGAUAGGCGGGUACCGAGUGUGAGAACACUAACAUAAUACAAUGAUGUGCUAUCUAUUGUUUUACGUAAUCUCUGUUACCAAAGCCAUACAUAUUUAUGGACACGCAGAAGCUGAGGAGAUGAAACAUCUAAGAGAAGAACUGUUGGAGAUUUUUAUUUUCUAGAGUCGUUAUUUUGACAAAGUUUCUGUGUAAUUUGUAGGACGUGGAUUUUUUUUUUUAACCAAGCUCUUCGCACGCACAUUUUUUGUUUAUUUAUAAUUUGGGUGUCCACUUACACAACAGGCUGAUGGUCGGUCAGGCAGCCAUGCGAGGCCAGCGUGUGGUGGGGAACGUGUGCCGCUGUUGGAAUCCCGCAAUCUGCCUAUUGGUGACCUUACUUGGAUGCUGCAUCUUGUUAGCUCUCAGUGUGUUGUUACAAUUUGGAGACAUGAAAGUAAACCGACGGGCUGUAUCCACCAAUAACUUGCUAUCCCCAGUGAGGAAGCAUUACUAUGUGGAACUGGUAAAUGGGAAUAACAGAUGUGAGGGUCGUGUGGAGGUGCGCUACAAUGAUACCUGGGGCACAGUCUGCGAUGAUGACUGGGACAUGGUGGAUGCCCAAGUUGUGUGUCGCCAGCUAGACUGCGGCGUGGCUGUCGCAAUGGGUAGCAGCUCUCAGUAUGGACAAGGCACAGGAUUAAUCGUGCUGGACAACGUGGACUGCAAAGGGAGUGAAACAAACCUUGGUCAGUGUGACAGUCUAAACUGGGGCGUACACAACUGUUACCACUAUGAGGACGUGGCCAUAAUAUGUCGAGAACCACUGGUUGUAGGAGCAAAAGCUUCAGGGGAUGUUACCACAAUGUCCUCCAGGAACACAUACUUAGAUGGCACGGUCCGUCUGGUGGAUGGAAUGGACUUGUGUCAGGGUCGGGUGGAGAUCUACCAUCAGGGCAGGUGGGGGACAGUGUGUGAUGACGAUUGGGACGUGAGAGAGGCUGAAGUUGUGUGCCGGCAGAUAGGCUGUGGCCACGUUAUUUCAGCUCAUACAAACUCUUACUUUGGCUACGGCACUGGCCACAUUCUUCUGGACAAUAUCAAUUGUCAGGGAAAUGAACCACAGCUGACAAAAUGUGCCAGCCUUGGAUGGGGCAACCACAACUGUGGCCAUCAUGAAGACGCUGGAAUCACCUGCUCAGGUAGAGAAACCACCACUGUGGCUGCAAUUUACCCUUCCACUGGAAGCCAGGAGUCCAUUUGGUCAACCCUAAAAACUGAAGCACCAGGUGAUGCUGUCACGGCAACAGAAAGUAUAAGCUCAACUGCCAUGAAAAAAGACUAUAUGGCUAUCCGCGUUGUGAACGGAAACGGCAGCUGCCAGGGUCGCGUAGAAGUACAGUACAGCAAUGUCUGGGGAACAGUGUGUGACGAUGGCUGGGACAUGACAAACGCUAUCGUGGUGUGUCGGCAGCUUGGUUGUGGCAUCGCUAUCGAAGCCAAGUCUCAGGCCUUCUAUGGUUAUGGUACGGGUCCCAUCUUGCUCGACAACGUAGAAUGUCACGGCGACGAGAAAGGCCUUUCCGAGUGCACACAUUCGGGCUUGGGUCAGCACAACUGUGGCCAUCAUGAGGAUGCUGGAGUUAUAUGUGAACCGUUUCUACCCUUCAGUGGAUUAGGAUUUGCCCGUGACUUUAGUGCAACUGACGAGACACCCGGCGGGGAAUCCACCAUCUCCACACCACCUGACGACGGAACACUGAGACUGGUUGGAAGCAACCGUGUCUGUGAAGGCCGUGUAGAGAUGUAUCUCCAUUCUGAAUGGGGCACAGUUUGUGACGACGCUUGGGACAUCGCUGACGCCCAGGUGGUGUGCCAGCUGCUUGGCUGUGGCGAGGCUGUAACGGCGUGGGGGGAAGCGCACUUUGGGCCUGGCACAGGAAAAAUUCUGCUGGACAAUCUAAAGUGCACCGGAACAGAAGCAUCUCUGUUGCAUUGCUCUCAUAUAUCCUGGGAUGUGCACAACUGUGACCAUUCGGAAGAUGUCGGGGUCACAUGUUUGUUGUUAGGAUUGUUAGAGAAGAGUUUUACCAAGCAAUAGACUUUACACUGCUAAGACAACCAACAUCUACUGUAUGUGAGAGGUUUCAGCUACAUUUUAGACAUAUAUGCCUAUUAAGCACUUUAUAAUUAACUAAGAGUUGCAAUGACCUGGGAUAACACUGGUGAAUCCUGAAAUACCAAUGCAAGAAAUAAAUCAAAGACAGCAACGUUGUUCAUCAUAGCUUAUAUUGAUCCAUGAAAAUAUGGCCCUUAAAAGCAAUGAGCACGACAAUAUAGAGCAAUAUGAUUGGAUGCUUGUGUGAAUAAGUGCUUUUUAGAGGACGUCAUGGCAUCUUUCACACAAUACUUUUUCAAUCUAUGGGAAUGAUGUUCUCUCCGUGACUGCGUGGGUUCCCUCUGGGUACUCCGGCUUCUUCCCACCUCCAAAGACAUGCACCCGGGGAUAGGUUGAUUGGCAACACUAAAUUGGCCCAGUGUGUGAAUGUGAGUGUGAAUGUUGUCUGUGUUGGCCCUGCGAUGAGGUGGUGACUUGUCCAGGGUGUACCCCACCAACCGCCCGAGUGCAGUUGAGAUAGGCUCAAGCACCAAAAGGGACAAGCGAUAGAACAUAGUUGGAUGGGAAUGAUGCAAGUCCCAGAACAUCUAUGUGCUAAAUGAACGGGUUGAAUUUAUAAGUAAUGGCUAAAUUAUUGUUUCUCAGCAUCAACACCAUGGGCCUUUUUUACUGUGCAACCUGUAAAACUGUGUGUACCAUUAGUGGGCGUGUUGCAUGUGAUCGACUAGUAAGACUUUUGUGUGUAUUAUAUGGGGCAUCACCACGUAGACACUCGAUCAUUUACUGCACAUUCAUCAUACCAUGCCGUACACAUUUCCAGUGAGGGUUGAACUCCGCCAAGGCUGCCCUCUGUCACUGAUUCUGUUCAUAACUUUUAAGGACAGAAUUUCUAGGCGCAGUCAAGGCGUUGAGGGGAUCCGGUUUGGUGGCUGCAGGAUUAGGUCUCUGCUUUUUGCAGAUAAUUUGA